AUGUUUGCCUGGGACGAAUCGUGGCUUAAACAGGUAUGUUCAUCGAUUUUAGUACGUACCACAAUCUUAAUUUGUUCGUCUCCAUACAUCGCUCACGGAAUAACAGUUAAUGAGGCUGUUCUAGUUCUACUUCAGCCAGGCAAAUGUAAAACAAAGAAUACGAUAUUACUCAACUAUAUACGAAAUGCGUGUCAAGGAAAACGGGUCUCAUUGUUGAAAGCCUGGGUGCCAAAUGUUUAACUCACACCAACCUAACCAUACGCAGACGUGUGAUGAAAAAUAUUAUAAAAUUUUGGGGCAGCAUUAAAAAGCCACAUAUCAUGCGGACAAUUUCGAUAAAAAACCGGACCAAAAACAAGUGUUGCAUAAAUGCCCAGAAAAGCAGUCGCUCAUUGUUCAAUGAAGCGAUAAUUGAUGUUCUUUGGUACAAAGCUCAGUAUAUGAUGAUGGCUAUAAACAGUGAGAGACUGAUAUCAUAAAACAUCGGCGAAAAUUCUGGAAUGCUGUUCUGAUUUGGAAGGUUCACUUAAGUGGAGUUGUUAUAUUGAUUAUCAUGCAGUUUAGUCCUAUAACGUUUCUGACUUAGCAUGGUGUCGGCUUUUAAAUGCACUUCUUUUUAGCCACCUGCAGUAACCACACUCAGUAAAUAUAACUACUUACUUAGCAUGCCAUUUUCCUUUUGAUUUCUGAUGGCUUUAUAAAUUAAAAUUUUCUUUUUUAUAGAAACCAUGAAUAAAAAUAUUCUUUCUUUUGUUCAUUUGGUAGGAAAUCACAUUUUCUUCAUACUUUAUGCCCGAAAAAAGUGUUUAUUCAGGUUUUUGAAAAGUUUCUUCAUUUCAUAAUAAUUUUCGGACUGCUCUGCCAUUACAUCAGCGUUUAGCAAUUUCAGUCUACAAUGUGCAUCAUUUUCGUGUAAGGAAAAUAAUAUGUUACUCUGUGCCUUUAAGACGAGAGCACAUAUACUGCAUACAAUUUUGUAAUGGAUAUGGACUGUUUUGUGCAUUCCACAAUGUGAAUUAGUAAACUGACAUGUGCGGUAUGCAUGCAUGGGCACCGCACAGCCUUCAACAUCAUAUAAGAAAAUCAUUUUUAAACCUAAAUAAGCACUUUAUUCAGGUAAAAAAUAUGAAUACAAUGCGAUAGCCUACCAAAUUAGAAAAAGAAAGCAUAUUAUUGUGCAUGUUUUCUAUAAAAUGUAUUUGACUUUAUAAAAUCACGGGAAACCAAUAGGAUAAAUGAUUGAUAUAUAUGUAGUCAUUUUUUAUUGAGUGUGGCUUCUACAGGUGGCCAAAAAACAAAGUAUUUAAAAGCCGAAAUUGUUGAGAGUCCGAAAUGUUAUAUGAUUAUGCUGCAAUAUAAUCAGUAUAACCACCUCACUUGAAUAAUCCAUUCUAAUCGUAAACGCAUUCCAGAAUUUUGGCUGAUAUUUCAUGAGAUCGGUGACGCAAUGUAUCUAUAAAAAGUCGCUUUAAAUAAAACAGUGUAAAUGACUUCCGUAAAACAGCCGGCCACCUUUGUGGACGACACAUAUGAAGCGUCAUCUGGUUUCAGUCGUCGGGGCUGAAGUAUAGCUGAGGUCAACUUUUGCGCCGGACAACUGAUUACAAUAUCUCCAAAGAUGCCGUCUGGUCGUAAGUUAACUUAUACUAUACGAAAUUUAUGAAGAAAAAUCCGAAAUCAUGUAUCGAUUAAUGCGGUUUGCAGACUGAAGGUUAUCCCGAGUUUUACUACAAAAAGUUGACAUCGUCUAUUUUGACAAAUAGGCAUGUCGUAUUCGGGCUUAUUUUAUAUUAAGGAUAAACGUCAGUCAUUGAUAUGUCUAUCCCACCUUAUGCCUGUUAGAUUAACAGGCAUGGGAUUGAAACAAAUUACGUCAAUAUAUGCAGCUCUCGCUGAAAAAAACAGAGCGGAGUUUUUGUUAAGACUGAGUUAUUUAGUAUGACAAGUAAAUUAUUUGGUCUGUUUCGUAAAACGCACAGCAGUAAUGCAAAAUGCGCCUUUAGAAAGAAAGAAUGACUGUGGUGGAUUUACCUUGCUGAACAUCACUAAGUAUAACCACAGGAAACUGGAGCGUUGUAGAAUGCUAACUUGUGAAUGAACGUAUUCAUGAUCGAAGCAAAUCACUACUCAGUAGAAAAUGAUCAUUUGUGAGGUAUGCACAUUUAAGGUUGAAUUGCGAUGCCCCUAUUAGAAGUAGCAUCUACAUAUCUCACUGUUUGCUUGUUUGUUAAAAAUAACUCGAAAUGCCUCGUACACAUAUGAAGAAGGAUAAUGCAGUCGGUGCCUGCUUGCCUGCGACCUUAAUACUUGAAAUCUUAUAUGUCGUCUUUUUUGAUUGCAAGAUAUAUUUUUGUUCUUCAGGAGUCAGAGUUGGCCUUACUUAUACAGGGCAGCUCUAGUGGUAUUUAUUGCAAAUCAUCGACAGCUGCAAUGCAGCUGCCUUCAACGUUCGUAAGCUGGAGUCCACCGCAAAAGUAGGUGGACAACUCUCUAGUUAGAAAACGUCUCUCGUUGCAUGUGCGCACACAGAGAAGAAUUUUCUGCAGUCGUUGUAGACAUUUUAAAUUGACAUCACAUGCAGUACCUGUGCUAACUCAUGAAAUGUCACGAAUUAACACAGGUUAACGACUUUAACGCAGGAUCGGUAAGCACUACUGCUCCCAAAAUCUGAUAGCGGAAAAUAAACGCUGUUAAGAAAAUAUUAUUUUUUGAGAUAAAAAUGAAUAAUUUUCGACAAAAGUCGCAUUUUCGAGAAACGCCUAUAUUACAACCAAGUUAAUAAAGGCUACGCAUGAGGGCGUAUAAAGGAGUAGGGCGCAUAAAAGGUCAAAAUAAUGAAGGACAGAAACAGAUGCAAAAAAUAGUACUUUUUUGAUUGUCCAGUUGAAUUAAUAACGGCAGAAAGUCUGUCAGACAUAGACAUGACGAGUUUAUCUAUGGUGGGGGGUUUACAACUCGUAAGAAAGGUGUGCUAUUUAUAUUGGCUCCCGUGCGUUGUGAAACAUUCCUUCCAAUGACGUGCCAGCCGUUGACGGCGUUGUAGAAUAUUCCUGCCCCGAGCGUGCUGGUCGCUGAUUGGCCACGACAGGCGCGAUAGCCCCCCGCGGAAACUUCUGGAAUGUUCGACCAGCCAUUGAUUGGGCCGCACACUUGAGCAAAGCCACCACGCGCGCUCGGGGCUGUAGUGCGCGCCGGUCGGUCGUUUAUCUUUACGCGUGUCUUACGUCCCUGGCUUGGUCACCUGUUUAGCGCCUUAGGCCGUGGCUCUACGCCGCUUUAACUCUCCACAACACCUCCCGCUUUUGAAAGUUGGACCUCGUUCCUCGAAUCCAAAACCACUUUCCUUGGUGGUUGUGUUCAUCUGCUACUUCUACGAACGACGGGUAAUGUUGUCUGACUGUCUACCCUGCGCGCUGACAACGCAAGAAUGUCAGACAGCAGGUCGAGUGCCAUUUGACUGCCUCUGGUGUGUCUAGUCCUGAGCUGAUUUGCAUGCCUCUUUAUUUUUCCAGCUGCUGUCUCCACCUCAAAUAAAAUACCUCUGGAUUUCCUUACUAUAUCUUCUAUCCAGGUCUCCUCUCCGGUUUUAUAGUUGCGAGCAAACACCUCCUCUCCCUAACGAAAGUAAUGCUUUGUUGUUUGUGAAACUCGAGCUUCCGGUUGUAGGUACUGUAAUCGCGUAUCCGGCUGUCGUCCAAAAAACGUUCGGCUGGUGUGUGGCCCCCAAGAUCACCAUUCGUUCUUCCGUCUUCCUUGCCGUGAAAACAGCAGUAGAUGCCGAGACGUCGAAAACUUCUAGCCACUAAGACCAUGCAUCAACAACUGCUGAUAGAAGCGAACAGGCGAGUCCCAGGUAGCAGUUCAGAAGAUGAAGAUGCGAUUACUGGGACAAGAAGUUUAUUUGCCUGACGUUUCGGAUUCUCACGCGAAUCCAUCAGCAGAGACAUUCGCAGAUAGAGGUGAAGGUGGCACCAGGAGUGCAGUAUUUAUAGCACGUGGCUGUCGUGGGACCGUAUGCGCACUGCAAUUAACAGUUCUCACAAUCGCCGCUGGGGUCGUAAUUGAUGCGGCGGUGGCUCGGCGGUCCGAGUCCGAGUUGUUAAUUGCCGCGAUUUCGUCAUCCGUGCUCGAUGCUGGUGUGACGAUUGCUCGGCAAACUGGCUCACUGUCACCGUGAUAAUUGCUCACCCGCGCCCUCCCUUACGUGACUGAUUCUCCUGCCCAGGGAAAAUCGCAAUACGGAAUAGGCCACCGGGAGGUCAUUGUGCUUGUUGAUGGAUUGCGGGCCUGAGAACCAUGAUUCGAGCAGCUCGCGGCUCACGCGGUUGUCACCCCUUGCGAGGAUUUCGGCCUCUUGAAAUUUGAAAAUAUGGCCGGGUCCCGUCGAGUGUGCCGCCAACUGAGAGUUAGCGUCUCCCCGCCUCACUGCUGCUGCGUGCACGGCAAGUCGCGUACGGAGUAAUCUCCCAGUUUCUCCGACAUAAUUGCUUUGUCCGCAACUACACCAGAUCCGGUAAACGACUCCAGACGUUUCCUGCCGUAGCAGCGGGUCUUUUGGCCUCAUUACUUGGCGCCUAAUGGUUGCUUCUGGCCUGUGUGCAACCCCAACUCCAAGUGGAGUGAGAAGACGACUGACGGCUUCCGAGACGUUUUUCACGUACGGAAGAGCCCGCCAAAAUUUAGGGCUAGUUGGAUUUGGUCUCUGGUGUCCUUUUCGUAUGCACUGGUUUGCAAAGUUGCGCGGGUAGCCAUUGGCUCUCAUUACCCGUCGAAGAUAUUGUAAUUCAGCAACCUUGUCUUCCAUUUCACUGCAGUGCGUCUCAACACGCCGGUAUAGCGCCCUUACGCAACUGCGUUUGUGACUGAUCGGGUGGUUGCUAUUGAAGUUCAGUAUUUGCGUCGUAUUUGUCGCUUUCCUGAACACUUUGGUUUUUAGGCCACCACAAUCUUUGCGGCAGACGAGGACAUCCAGGAAGGCCAGCUGAUUGUUUUCCUCCUCCUCCAUCGUAAAUUGAAUGUCCGGGAAGACGGCGUUGAGUUGUUCUUUGAAAGUCAGCACCUGAUCCCGUUCGAUGACGACGAAGGUGUCAUCCACAUCCUGAGCCCAGAAUUUCGGUCUGUGGGUUUGGAAAACCAGCGACUCCAGCCGUUGAAGGACCGCCUCGGCUAUGAUUCCCGAAAUCAGCGAACCCAUUGGCGUUCCCUUCACCUGCUCGUAGAUUGUUCCGUCGAAUGUAAAGUACGUCUUGAGACAGAACUUCAGGAGCUGGAUGAUUUGGGCGUGUCCGAGGCGAUUCUCCGUUUCCUCGUACUUCUCGCAGCCACGUGCUAUAAAUACUGCACUCCUGGUGCCACCUUCACCUCUAUCUGCGAAUGUCUCUUAUGA